AUGUCACUUCAGUCUGCUUAUAAGCAGUUUUUAGCUGCCCCAAACCCCUCUUUACUCGCAAGUGAUGCUUCUCUUCACUACAUUACAACUCUCGUUUCUGUUAAUGGAUCAUCCAAUAUCGUCAAGCAUUUAAAUGGAGAAGAACAUCGACUUAAGAAGAAGGAAGAGACCUUUUUAAACAUUGUCGAAGGCACCAGCUCCAUUGCUGCUGAAGUCCACACCACCGUUGAGUUCAAAACAUCAGGAGGAUCCUACCUACCUGGGUUGGAUGAUAACUUUCUUGCUGAUCGUACAGUCACCUUUCCAAUAAUUCACAUCGUCAGUUUCGAUGCCAACGGCAAGAUCCAACAAAUCCGACAAAAUUGGGACCAAGGUUCACUCCUCAAAUUGAUCGAAGUCAUCGGAAAGAGUGGGCGAAAUUGGCCAAUCCGGGAUGGAAAGGAUCAGAUAAAGCUCAUCACCUCAAGUGUUAGAAGUUCUGGCACAUCAGAUGCUGCUUCAAACGCAGACUCUAUCGCCCGUGCCAGAGCCAACUCUAAUAAUGCGACGCGCGAUCCGCAUUCAAGUCUUGCCUUGUUUGCUCCCCGAGAAGACGUUGUGCAGGAGUCCCGUCCGGCUGCUGAACCAAUCAGCAAAUCAGCAAAGCCAGAACCUAGGGAUUAUCACGAUCUUUUCGUUGGUAAAGAUUCCACAUCUCCUGAGGAUGACACCUCUCUACCCAAGGCCGGUGCCAAAGCAGGCGCUUCAAGGCAAUUUGCUCCAUCUAGACUUUUCGAUGCCUACGAGGAACAAGCUACACAAGAUAGCCAUGUUCAAGAGAAGUCCAAGGAUCCUAUGUACCGCCCUAACCCAGCUAGAUAUGAACAUUUCGACUUCACAGAUGCCCCCGAGGAAGAGGAGCCCAUUCGACCGACAAGUGGCAAAGGUAGCAUGGGUCAACAUCAAAGUCAGUGGGGAUUUGAUGACUUUCAAACACCACAAAAAGUUGUUCCAACCAAAGUUCUUCGCGCGGCUGACGUUCGUCAUUGGGGCAAUAGUGAUGAUGAAGUUCUGGAUAGUCCAGUCAGAUUCAAGAAGACCGAAAAGCCUCGCAAGGAUGCUCAAGCCCAUUUCGAGUUCCGAGAUGAAGGCACUCCACAACAAGAACGUCGCAUUGUCGGAAGACCCCAAGGACAAGGACACAAUAAUGGACUUGGACUUUACAAAAGUACAUUGUUCGAUGAGGAUGAAAGUGAGACACCGGCUUCUAAGAAGCAAGGCCCAUCUUUUGCAAAUGUGACGGACAGACAAAAGAACUUAGAUUCGCAUUUCACCAUGACUGAUGACUCGCCAGUCACCGGAAAAGGUCCAGCUCAUAUAGCAGGAGAUAGAGCCAAGGCUGUGAAGAAUAUGGGUGCUAACUGGGACACAUACGAUCAAUCUCCUAUUGAGAAGAAUUCCCGAAAAGAGAACGAUCCUUCUUCACCAAUUCGAUCUAAUUCUACAAAGGAACCUUUGUCAGAAACACACGCGGCUUCACAACGUAACCAGAAAAAUACCGGUAUCAAGACAAUGGGCGACGGUAUGGGUGGUAGCAAGGGUGCAGGCAGAAGCUGGGGAUUUGGAGACGGUUCUGAUGGAGAGGAAGCUGGUGGUAUCAAUGGUGUAGGAAGUACAUUCCGCAAUGGCCGACCCGGUAAAGCACAAAAUCAAAAAGCUACUGGUGGUGAUUUCUGGGAUUUCUAG